AUGUUUCCUUUGAAUUCUCUACCGUUAAUCUCAAAAGAAUCAAUCCUGUCAGCCAUUUCUGCAGACGAAUCUCUGAAACUUUUACUCGUAAACAAAGAGAUUCGUGAGUAUAUUCUCAACAAUGGACCGUUUACCGGAAAAAUUAAGCUAAUCAAGCUACUCGCUUUUAAAUAUUGGAUCAGCGAUGAGCAAAUUCGCCUCACGGAUUUUCACGUGACUGUGUGCGAUCGGGGGCCUGAUGAAUUGAAUGCACAAGGGGUUCAUCGAUGGGAUCCCUCAGAAAACGAGAUGCCACAAGUUAACUGUCGACAACUUUCAAGAACGAAACCAAAAGCAAUGGAAAUCACUCUCUGCUCAGCUCGGGAAAUCCCAGGAGAAAACCCGAGUCUUUUUCAGUUUCUUCCAAAUGUCAAAGCUGUACACGAUUUAAGCGUAAACACCGACAAAUUGUCGACUUUGACUUUGUUGCUUUCACACUUUUGCCCACAAGUUGAGAAAGAGCUGGGAAUCACGGUGGAGAGCGGGGCAUCUUUGGAGUCAAAAGAGAUGCAGAGCACUGAGAAAUUCCUUGAGAAAUCUCUCCAAAUCUGCAAACAGAUCGAGUUUUUCAAUCCACUUCCAAAUUUCUAUGAUUUAUUGACAAAAACAGGGCUGGAAUUUAUAACGAUUUUCCCGAGAGAUUGGGAAAAUUUUCGGGAAGCUUUGGCGAUUUGUGUGACAAGGGGGAUUCCAAGCAGAAAUCCUGUUGCCACCAUGUUUCUUCGAUGGGAAAAUAUUGGGGAAGUUAUUGAGGAGAAUAGGUACGAAGAAUUGAUGGGGAAUUUACUGGAUUUUGGCUUUGAAGUCACAGAAUUUGAUGCUCAAAUUUGGAUCAAUAGAGAUCGCUACAAAUUGAGAAAUGAGAAAGAUUGGAGCAAAAAGUGGAUAAAGGAAGCCUAUGAGAGAAUGGAGGGAAAGUUUUUCAAGAAGAUCGUCGAUCGACGAGCCAUUCAUUGUUUCGUGUUUUUCUCGGAGCAGUUGGGCAUCAUUUUGACGCUGAAAUGUGGA